UAUUCGCAGGGACAAAACAAAGGAAUGGAUUUGGGUGUCAGCACCAUCGAGCCAGAUUCCGAUCUCGUGCAUCCAGACGAUGCCCAGUAUAUCUGGCUGCCCAUCGCCACGCUCGUGGCCAUAUUCAUCCUAGCAGCUUUGGUGUAUGCCAUGUCACGUAGCCGCUGCCAAUGCUCUUGUCCCUGCUUGAAACGGAUGAAGCCGCCCCGUAUCGACUACAUCAACGUGGAUGAGGAAGAUUCAGAUGUGCCCAUGGCCGGUGGGGAGGAGUUGGGAGAGCAAUAUGCUGCUGCCAGCUUGCUGAGUGGUCGUCUGCAUAUUGAAAAUCGUCCAGAGCACUGCCACCACCCUCCAGGGACCUGCAGUUCUCCUGCCUAGGCGGAUAACUGAA